AUGAGCUGUGAGCGGGAGGCCGGCGGGGACAGGCGCACCCCGCCAGGGUGCCUGGCAUUCCACUUGCUGCCCAUUGUCACUGCGCACAGCAGUGACCCAGUGGCCUUUGAGGAUGUGGCUGUGGACUUCUCCCCAGAGGAGUGGGCCCUGCUGGACCGUGCUCAGAGGGACCUCUACAGGGACGUGAUGCUGGAGACCUGCAGGAACCUGGCCUCCGCAGGUUGUGGCUUUCACACUGAAGCCAGCGGGUCACGUUUUCAGCAGUAUAUUUUGAGAAAUGGAAUAUCCAGCGACGAUGUUACAAGAAGGGAUUUCUGGUCUGCUUUUGGAGAAAACUGGAGGCUCGAUGACCCUGGCGAUGACCAGGUGCAGGACAGGUGUUGGAGAGGCAGUGUGGUGGAUGGCCUCUCCAGACAGACGGAGGGUCAGCGUGGAGACGCCGUGGGCCACACUGAGCGCAGGCGUGUCCCCAGUGGAGGUCAGCCCUGGGAACGUACCACGCGUGCAAGGGCCUCCAGGAACCAGCAAGCACCACACACUGGACACAAGCCUCAUCCUUGUGAGGAACGUGAGCAAGCUGGCGGCAGCCCGGGUCCCCAUGCGAAAACUGACACUGCAGAGAGACCCCACGAACGAGGGGACACCGGGGGAGCACCGAGUGAAGACGUGGGAAGUCCCAGUAGCAAACAAUCUCUGAAAUGUAAGAGAUGCGGAAAAGUUCUCUCUUGCCCCUCAUCCUUACGGGCUCACGAGCGGGGUCACCGAGGGGAGAAAAGGCACGCGUGUGCCGUGUGUGGGAAGGCCUUUCGGUAUCACUCCUACCUUGCGCGGCACGCCAGGACGCACACCGGGGAGAAACCCUAUGAGUGCGCGCAGUGCGGGAAGGCCUUCAGCUGCCCCUCCUACUUCCGCGACCACGUGCGGACACACAGUGGGGAGAAGCCCUACCGCUGCGCGCACUGCGGGAAGGCCUUCAGCUGCUACUCCUCCUUUCGCGAUCACACGAGGACGCACACUGGAGAGAAGCCCUACGAGUGCACCCGCUGUGGAAAGGCGUUCGCGUGCUACUCGUCUCUUCGGGAACACGGAAGGUCACACAGUGGGGAGAAGCCCUACGACUGUGAAGAGUGCGGGAAAGCCUUCAGGUACCCCUCGUCCCUGAGAGCGCACCUGAGGACGCACGCGGCCGGGAAGCCCCAUGCGUGCGAGCAGUGCGGGAAGGCCUUCAGCUGCGCCACCUACUUCAGGAGGCACGCCAAGACCCACAGUGGGGUGCGCCCCUACCAGUGUGCCCAGUGUGGCAGGGCCUACCGCUUCUCGUCCUCCCUCCGCAUCCACGCGAGGACGCACACCGGGGAGAGGCCCUUUGGCUGUCAGCAGUGUGGCAAAGCCUUCGGCUGCGCCUCCUCCCUCCGAGAGCACGUGAGAACCCACAGUGGGGAGAAGCCUCACCGCUGCGGGCAGUGCGGGAAAGCCUUCAGCCACCCUCAGUAUUUCCAAAAACACAUGCGGUCACACAGCGGAGGGAAGCCCUACGAAUGCACCCAGUGUGGGAAAGCCUACCGCGGCUCCUCAUCCCUGCGCGUGCACAUGAGGUCGCACACGGGGGAGAGACCCUACGAGUGCAAGCAGUGUGGGAAAGCCUUCAGGUACCUGGCGUCCCUGCAGGCCCACAGGAGAUCACACGCUGGAGAGGAGCUUUGAGAACACAGCGGCGUG